UUAUUAGAAAGAAGCUUAAGAAAAUGAGUUAAAUUUGUACAGUAUAAUUUUUUGUGUUGAUGAUGUAGUACGAAGGUGCUGCAAAUGAAGGCGGCAAAGGACCAAGUACUUGGGAUACUCUUACUCAUAAAAACCCAGAUAAAAUAUCGGAUGGAAGUAAUGGAGAUGUGGCUGUCGAUCAGUAUCAUCGCUAUAAGGAAGAUGUUGGGAUCAUGAAGUAUAUGAACACGGAUGCUUACAGAUUCUCCAUCUCUUGGUCAAGGAUACUGCCAAAAGGAAAAAUAAGCGCGGGUAUAAACCAAGAAGGAAUCAAAUAUUACAACAACCUCAUCAACGAGCUACUGGCUAAUGGUCUGCAACCAUUUGUGACCCUUUUCCAUUGGGAUCUUCCCCAAGCCUUACAAGACGAGUACAGUGGCUUCUUAAGCCCUCAUAUUAUAAAUGAUUUCCGGGACUAUGCAGAGCUCUGCUUCAAGGAAUUUGGAGAUAGAGUGAAGCAUUGGAUCACUCUGAAUGAACCAUGGAGUUACAGUAUGGGUACAGAGCCCUAUAUGGCCUCACACUACCAACUCCUUGCUCAUGCAGCUGCUGUCAAAAUUUAUAAAACCAAUUAUCAGGCUUCUCAAAAAGGUUCAAUAGGCAUUGCCUUAAAUUCUCACUGGUUCUUGCCCUUCUCAAAUGAUAAAUCAGAUCAACUAGCUUCCCAACGAGCUCUUGAUUUCAUGUUUGGCUGGUUUAUGCAGCCACUCACAAGAGGAAAGUAUCCAAAAACCAUGAUGUCUUUGCUGGGAAGCCGGUUACCAAACUUCACUGAAGAGCAAUCCAAGCUACUUAUUGGUUCAUUUGAUUUUAUUGGAAUAAAUUACUACACCACUUAUUAUGCUGCCCAUAUAACCUAUCCAAGUAAUGACACAAGCCAAUCUAGCUAUUACAAGGAUUCUCAUGUCAAUGUAACAUCUGAGCGUAACGGGAGCCUCAUUGGACCAAUGGCUGCUUCAUCUUGGCUAUAUGUUUAUCCCAGGGGAAUUCGAGAACUAUUGUUGUACACAAAGAGAGAGUAUAACAACCCUGUAAUUUACAUCACAGAAAAUGGUGUGGACGAGUCCAAUGAUCCGACACUAACACUUGAAGAGGCGCUCAUGGAUACUUAUAGAAUUGAUUACUUCUAUCGCCAUCUUUAUUAUGUUUUAACUGCAAUCAAGGAUGAUGUGAAAGUUAAAGGAUAUUUUGCAUGGUCACUUUUGGACAACUUUGAAUGGAAUUCAGGCUACACCGUGCGUUUUGGAAUUAACUUCAUCGAUUUCAAAGAUAAUUUGAAACGACACCAAAAGCUCUCUGCGCAUUGGUUUAGGAAUUUUCUUAAAAGAUAUUAGACUUAUUGCAUGAUGUCAUGAUGAUCCCCAAUAAUAUGAUGUAAACUUGGUCAUUAAUCAAGAGCAACUUUAAUUUUAA